CGACGAGACAUAGCACCACGUCUCACCGGGUCUCGUGCCACCCACUUCGCCACUUUACCAUUCUGCAUUACUGGCUUUUAGAUUCUCUCCCAUUUCUGUGAAAUCAAAUUAGGAAAAGACUUAAUUUUGCUUUCGCCACCGAAGGGUCGGGAGACUCCGGAUCCAGGACUCAGGAUUAGGCGAGUUAAGGUGUGGUAUGAGGGAAAGGGGGCUUCAGAAGGUUUCCUUUUUGCAUUCAUUAAUUUAAAAGUGGUUCUUCUUUGACCCCUAUUGCUGUUACUCGCGGAAAGCAAAGUGAAUCUUGGAAUUUUUAGGCCUGAAUUUGGUUUCAUAUCUGUAUCAUCACACAAAUGGGGGAAAAUUGUGAGGAUUGUAAGAGCUGGGAAGAGCAAUUAUUUUGGACCCAUUUUCAGUCGGUACAUUUCACUCAAUUUCUCCGCCGUGGUUUUGAUCAGUGGCUUGCACUGCCUGAAAAAUUUGUUAAACAUUUCAAGAAAAAGCUACCGGAAACUGUGACUCUUAAAGGUCCUAGUGGUUUAACAUGGGAUGUAGGAUUGACAAAAAAUGAGGAUGCCUUGUUCUUUGAUCGUGGGUGGCCAACGUUUGUAAAAGAUCAUUCUUUAGAAGAGCAUGACUUCUUGACCUUUAAGUACAAUGGAGUGUCACAAUUUGAUGUUCUAAUGUUCGAUGGGCUGAACUUGUGUGAGAAGGCUGCUACAUAUUUUGUGAGAAAAUGUGGGCAUACAGAACAUGACAGUGGAAGCCAAACAAAAAGAAAAAUGAGAGACAAUCCUGUUGAAAUUACGCACACUUCUUCACAGGAUGGUCUUGAAGGCACUCCAGAGAAAUCUGCAGAAAAUGACAUUGACCAAAUGCGUUUCCAGCAGCCUGUAUACUCUACACCUACUAAUAAGAAGAUGCGAAGGGGAAGUGCUUCUCGUAGAGCUAUUCAAUCUGAGCGGAUAGGAGAUAAAAAAGUCUCCACUUCUGCUGGACAAUUGCCAGUCAAACCUGUGAAUGAUUCAGAAGCAGAAUAUGUAUCUGUAGAUGGAAAUGUGGAGUCUAGCCCUCUGCAAAUAUCAGAAGGAAGGCCUGUGACUGAAGAUCAGAAGAGGAAUGUCUUGCUGUUGGCAAAAUCAGCACUAAGUAGCAAUGGUUUCUUAAUAGUUAUGAAACCCACACAUGUGAAGAGAAAAUUUUUUAUGGCGAUUCCUACUGGAUGGAUGACUAGAUUCAUGGCUUUAGAACCCCAAGACGUGAUUUUACAUCUCAAUGAUGAUACAUGGCAGACUAGAUUUACUUACUUUGCAUCUCGUGGUUAUGGAGGGCUUAGUGCUGGUUGGAAGAGUUUCGUUGUGGAUAACAACUUGGACGAACAUGAUGUGUGUGUAUUUGAAUGCGCCGACCCAACAAUUAAGCCUCUCAUCUUGGAUGUUAAAAUUUUCCCUGUUUUACAAGCAGUGCUUCCCCUCAACGAAGUGGCUCCUGCUUUGUGUUAAGAGGUUUGUCCCAGGGUGCAAGGAGAACUUAGUAGUAGCAUCUAGACAAGUUCCUUUUGUCUGCUGUAUCUGUUGUAGUAUUAAUGUAACUAGUUGGCUUUGAAUUUACCGUCAGGAACAUAUAUCUGUUAAACAUGGCUUUUGUUCUGUUCUCUCGUUCCUUUUUGUGGAAAAUGCUGCUUCAUUGGUUUUAAUACGAGUUGAGUUAUAUCCCUAUCAUCGUAUUAUAUGUUCUUAUCUCAUGUCAUGUCAUAAACGCUAUGACAUUCA